AUGGAGAAUAAUAUCAAAUUCAUUCCAACGUUGACUCCAACGUUCGAACAAUGGAAAGCAUUACCUAGCUAUUUAAAUCAUCAUGAAACAAGUCUUCAAAGACGUUUUGGUGCAGCUAAAAUCAUCCCGCCUACUCGUUGGAUUCCACUUGUCAAAAAUUCAUAUGAAAUACGUCAAAUCAAACUUUGUAUCAAACAAACAAUUGUUCGUUCAUCUCGACAAUCCAAUGUGUUUUAUAUUCAAAAUUGUGAAACAACCAAACGACGGUUCAUGACCUAUGAAGAAUGUCGAAAUAUCGCUGAGAGUGACUCAUACCGUUUGAAAGAUUCAAUAAAUGAAAAUUUCACCGACUAUUUUUGGUCAACAAUCACAAAUAACAAUUCGCUGUACAUAUCCAAUAUCGACGAGAGUUUAUUCGCAAAAAGAGAAAAAAUUUUCAAUAUGAGUCAAUUACCAUCGUUACUCACGUAUUAUCCAAAAUCGAUUCCUGGAGUGACUACGCCUUUACUUCACAUGGGCAUGUGGUCAACAUCUGUUGGUCUUCAUAUUGAUGAUCACGAUCUGAUUUCGUUGAACUAUCUUCAUCAUGGUGCACCGAAAAUUUGGUAUAUUAUUCAUCCGUCAUCUUACACGAAAUUAGAAGAAUUAGUUAACGAACUAAAACUAUUUUCCGAUAUUUCUCUGUCUUGUUUAUCACCACUUCAACACAAAUCUCUUCUACUAAAUCCAUCAUUUCUGCAAUUGCAUUCGAUUGAAUAUUAUCAAAUUGAACAGAAGCUCAAUGAACUAGUCGUAGUCUUUCCUGGUACAUACCAUUUCUAUUUCGAUACUGGUUUUAAUUUAAGUGAAACAGUUAAAUACGCAUUACCAUCAUGGCUGCAAUUUCAACGGCAAAGUCCAAGGUUAUGUUCAUGUUCAAACACGACAGCAAAUUUAAUCAAUCUUAAUCGACGAUUUUUUACAAAUGAUAUUCUGGAGCAAUUUCAACAAGACUAUUUAAUGUCUGCAUCGCCAGCUUACAUUGACCUAUCAACAGAUGAGGAUAACAGUACUACAGUCCAUCAAACUGUGAAAAAAUCUUCAAUUCCAGUCACAUCUCCUGAUAUUUCAAUAACACAUGAAACAGAUUUCAUUCAGCCGACUAUCCAUGUGGACAUUCCAGUCGAUCAGUAUACAGAACUACUCUAUUCAUCUACAACAAGCAGUGAAACACCAACUUCAGAUGAUUUGCUUCCGACAUCGGAAAACUCCACUGAACAAAAUGAUAUUUGGAAUAUCUUCAAUCAACUUUCUUCUCAAUUCAAUUCUGAAUCGAUCCAACACAAUCAUCCUGCAAUACAUUACCAUCCUUACAAACCCUAUCCGCCAAUUGUUAGUAAACAUAUCUCAUCUAUUUAUUCAUCGUAUUUAAGAACACGUUCAUAUCCUUCGCUACGUUCAUACCGUGGCUCGAGACGUUUCAAACGACGAAAAUGUUACGGCUGCCGACAACAUGGACAUCUGAGAAAAGAAUGUCCACAUCUUCCUCAUGAAUAA